GACAUGUGGUGGAUGCUGUUCCCCCGGUGGAUUUGGUUUCUCCUGGGACACUGGUACAUGGACGGCCGCCGCUGCGUGGGAGCGAUGCCGAUGCCCAUGUCCGUGUCGAAGGUGGUGUACUCUCACGCGGGCCUGUGCCCCAACGAGCUGAACCCCAACCUGUGGGUGGACGCGAUGAGCACCUGCAUGCGGGAGUGUGAGUCUGACCAGGACUGUGAGUCGUUUGAAAAGUGCUGCCCUAAUGUGUGUGGAAACAAGAGCUGCGUGGCCGCACGCUACAUAGACAUCCGGGGCAACAAGGGCCCCAUCGGAAUGCCCAAGGGUGCCACCUGCGACAAGUUCAUGUGCUCUCAGCAAGGGUCCGAGUGCGACAUCUGGGACAGCCAGCCUGUUUGUAAGUGCCGCGACCGCUGCGAGAGGGAGCCCCACUUCACGUGUGCGUCUGACGGCAUGACAUAUUAUAACAAGUGCUACAUGGAUGCAGAGGCCUGUUCCAAGGGUAUCUCUAUCUCUGAGGUCACCUGCAGGUAUCACCUGACCUGGCCGAACACCAGCCCAAUCCCUGCGGAGACCACCCUCCAUCCCACCACUGCCCUCCAGACCACCCUCCCCGCUGACAUCCAACUCCCUGUCAUACACAGCGGCCCCACCCAGCUGGCUGUGUUUGUCGGAGAGACGGCCAGUUUCCUGUGUGACGUGUCGGGGAAGCCGCAUCCGGAAAUCACCUGGGAGAAGCAGCUGAAGGGCAAAGAGAACAUCGUCAUGAGACCGAAUCACGUACAAGGGAACGUUGUGGUUACUAACAUCGGCCAGCUGGUCAUAUACAAUGCACAGCUCCAGGAUGCCGGCAUCUAUACAUGCACAGCCAAAAACGUUGGGGGGAGAGUCUCAUCGCACUUCCCCCUGGUGGUGAUCAGGAGAGAAGUGAAAGGUAAGAGCGCAGAGGGGAACAGUACAAACCUGCCUUUUCCAGCCGAGGAGUGCCUGAAGAGCCCGGACACCGAUGACUGCGGCGAGGAGAGCAUGAGCUGGUACUAUGAACCAAAGAGGAACAACUGCUUCACCUUCACUUACAGCCAGUGCAACAAAAACCGCAAUCAUUUCGACACCUACGAGACCUGCAUGCUGUCGUGUGGAGGAGACCUGGCGGCUCCCUGUAGCCUCCCGAGCCUCCAGGGGCCUUGCAAGGCCUACGAGCCUCGCUGGGCCUACAGCACUGACCUGAAGAAGUGCCAGUCCUUCGUCUACGGAGGCUGCGGUGGCAACGAGAACAACUUUGAGUCCAAAGAGGCCUGUGAGGAGAUGUGCCCCUUUCCGAAGAACCACAACUGCAAGAUGUGUAAACCUCGGGGCAAGAUGCUCGCCAGCUUCUGCAAGAGUGACUUUGUGAUCCUGGGGCGUGUGACGGACCUGACGGAGGAGCAAGAGUCCGGCCACGCCCUGGUGACCGUGGAGGAGAUCCUGAAGGAUGAGAAGAUGGGUCUGAGGUUCUUCGGCAAGGAACCGUUGGAGGUGACUCUUCUGAACAUGGAUUGGAACUGUCCCUGCCCCAACAUCACCGUGGCCAACGUGCAGCUCAUCAUCAUGGGAGACGUUCAGAACGGGAUGGCCGUCCUGCAGCCCGACAGCUUCGUGGGCUCGUCCAGCGCUCGCAGGAUCAGGAAGCUCCGUGAGGUCGCCCACAAGAAAACAUGCGAUUUUCUCAAAGAUUUCUCUGCCGUCCAGUAG